CAGGGUUCCCGCUCUCUUUUCCAAGAUGGCGGCUCCCGAGGUGGCUCCUGCUGAGAGCUGGCUCCGUACCCGGGACGUGCUUCUGCACGAAGGGCCCGAAGACUUCGGGUCGCUGCUGCUGUCGGCCCCGGUACUGGAGGGGCUGAAAGCUGCCGGGUUCCUGAGGCCUUCCCCAGUGCAGCUCAAAGCCAUCCCGCUGGGGCGCUGCGGCCUAGGUGAGGCGGGAUGAGGGAUUGGGAGGGCAGGUGAGGCCGUCGCCUUCUGCGGCAGGAUCCCCAGGGUCAGCAGAUCCCGAUAUGGAUCUUUCUCUCUCCUCGCCCUUGUUCCUUGUGUAGAUCUCCACUCCUUCCCUGGCAGGGAAUGGACUGCCAUUGGGGUUUUGGCUUCGGGUGCAAAAAUGUCUUGGGCCGGCCCUGGGUGUAGAGUCUUUGUGCCAAAGGAUAGGAGAGUGUCAGAAGUCAGGCCAAGAACUUGCGUUGGGAAGAAAAAUGCUGCUGAGGCAGUGGAGCAAUGUCGGCUGUAGAAGGUACAGUGGUACCUUGGUCCUCAAACUUGAUCCGUUCCAGAAGUCUGUUCCAAUGCUCGCUUUCCCAUAGAAAGUCAUGCAGAAUGGAUUCAUCCGUUGCAGGCUUUUAAAAACAACCCCUAUAAGCAAUAAACAAUGUACCUCAGUCACACAAUCAAUCAGUCAGUCAGUAGCUGAACUGGGUUCCACACAGUCAAAAAAACAAAAAAGAGAGCCACAAAAACACAAAAUAAAUAGCAAAAACAGGCAGACCUCAGCGUAACACUCAAAAUGGAACUGUGGCACUCAAAUUGGAAGCGCAACACUCAAAACGGAGCAUGUUCGGCUUCCAAAAAAAGUUCUCACACUUCUGGGUUUGCAGUGUUUGGGUUCCAAGUUGUUUGAGUACCAAGGUGUUUGAGAACCAAGGUACCACUGUAGCAGGCAUUUUACCUUUCAGAGGGUUAUUCCAGAGCUUUGUGUUUGCAUGUUUAAGGAGGCCUUUCUGAGGCAAUGAGCCUUUUGCAUAUUGCAGUAGGCUCCUUAGCUAAGUGGCUAAUAUGCAAAACUGGGCUGUAGGUUGCAGGCCAAACUAAAGUGGCAUGUGCCACGGAUGCAACCAUUGCCUUCUUUUGUCUUUGUGGAUUUUUUUUUAAAGGCAUAUGGUGAGAGGGCAUGGAGGGAGAUGGUCUAUGAAAAACAGACAAUAAAACAUUUAAGUUGGGUCUGUGCAGGACUUUUGGAUUAAAAUUGAUGUUUUGAGAAUCUUAUUAUUGAUUGAAGUGGUGUAUACUCUGUACAUGUCCUGGUAUGCGGUGAGAUGAGAAAUCAAGCAAACACCUAGCAUUUUACUUCCACCUGCAUAUUGUAGAGAAAGAUCAGAAGUGAAGGGCAAGUUGCCUUCAAGAAAAUUGCUACUGCAAGAAGACCCACUCCUGGUCCCCAUUUGUGCUUGUACCAGCAUAGGAGCUUUGUGUUAUGUGUUUGUUUGUUUAGAUGUCACUUGGAAGACACAAAGUUGCAAGAUGAAGCUAAUAAUACUGAUGAAACAUCUAAUCUCUAUUUUAAUAUAUUUUAAUGUGAUUGGUGUACUGUAAAUAUUUAUUCGCUGUUAGAUGGAUGACUGUUGGAUGGUUUUAGCUUUGGAGCGGUGUUCCAUUGAAAGUGAAUUGGUUGCUGAUGACAUGACUGGCCUAAUUUACUUGUCAUUUGUCCUGGAUUUUUGGUGGUGAUGUUUUGGCUGCUUCUUGACAUUUUUCUAUUUGUUUACUUUUCAGAUCUCAUUGUACAAGCAAAAUCUGGCACUGGUAAAACCUGUGUCUUCUCUACUAUUGCACUUGAUUCCCUUAUUUUGGAAAGCCUGGUUACGCAGGUGAGCAUUAUAGUUUUGUGUAAAGUUUUGAGAGAAGUGAUGUCAGUAAUCAAUAACAAGAUUAUUUACAAGGGCAGUGCUAUUCAGUGAGAGUUUCAUUCUAGCUCCCUCAUAGGUAAGCUUUAUUAUAACUAGAUAUUGGUAGGUAGCCGUGUUGGUCUGCCGUAGUCGAAACAAAAUAAAAACAUUCCUUCCACUAGCACCUUAGAGACCAACUAAGUUUGUUAUUGGUAUGAGCUUUCGUGUGCAUGCACGCAAAAGCUCAGUUUAUUAUAACUGUUACAUAUGGAUUUAUGCUGAUAUUUAAGGAUGCUUUGUAAGUGUGAUUGGCACUUAUUGAGGGGAUAUCUGGCUUCUAGCUGACAAAAAAUGCCAUCAAAGAAGUGUCACUUAUUGGUCCCUCAGCUGUUAUGGGAGCAGAGGGGUUAAUAAUCUAGGAAAUAUGAUGUAUUCAUUUUUUGUUUGUUCUUCUAGUCUAUUCACAGCUUGACCUUUUUUCAGAUUUUGAUCUUGGCCCCUACCAGAGAGAUUGCUGUUCAGAUUCAUGCAGUUAUUACAACUAUUGGGAUCAAGAUGGAAGGCUUGGAAUGUCAUGUCUUCAUUGGAGGAACCCCUUUAAACCAAGAUAAAAUGAGGCUGAAAAAGUGUCACAUAGCAGUUGGCUCUCCUGGUGAGACAAAUAAAAUGAUAUGUGUUUAUCAAAUCUUGUAUUGUGCUACAAAAACUAGUGGAUGCUGUCUGUGCAAACAUAUUUACAGAGCAGAAUUUGAAAACUGCACAUAGAGAGUUAAUCAGUCAUAUUUAGCAAAGUGCUAUGUUUACUAUUCUUUUGCAAAAGUAUAUUUAUUUCAUUUAGAUGUGUUGUAUGCUUAAGAUCCUAAUGCAAUUUUUGUUGUUGGCAGGGCGCAUAAAGCAACUCAUAGAACUGAACUAUCUGAAUACAGCCAGCAUUCGUCUCUUCAUUCUUGAUGAGGCAGAUAAGCUUCUGGAAGAAGGUAGUUUCCAGGAUCAAGUCAAGUAAGAGUAGCCUACCAGUAAUCAUUAUAAUCUUUUUGUUUCUGAAACAUAUUUAGUUUGAAGUGUUUGUUCUAAAUGGUGCUCCCUCCCCCUCUCUUUAGUUGGAUUUAUUCUUCUCUACCAGCCAAUAAGCAAAUGUUAGCUGUGUCGGCCACCUAUCCUGAAUCCUUGGCUAAUUCUUUGACUAGGUACAUGAGAGAUCCCACCUUUGUGAGAUUGAAUCCCACGGACCCAAGUCUCAUUGGUAUGUAUGAUGUGCUCUUUGCAUUUCUGCACAACCCUCCAAAUAUCUUAGAGUUGUAUGCUUGAUUCUAAAGUAGUAGUGGGGAACCUAUGACCUUCCAGUUGUUGCUGGCCUUUAAUUCAUCCUUGAUGAUUGGCCAUGCUGUCUGGGGCUGAUGGAAGUUGAGAGUCCAACAGUUUCUGGAAGGCCAUACAAUCACCAUCCCAGUUAUAGACUUUGUCACCUUGAUAAAUAUGUGGUUUGAAUUUAUUGUCUGCCAUGUUAAUCCUCUAUAUAACAACUUAACCAGAACUAUUGGGACAACCAUUUAUUAUUGUUACAUUUGUAUCCUUUCCUUAAAAGAUUUUUUGUUUGUACAAAUGAUAUAUAAGCCCAUCCUGUUUUGGUUAGGGUUGAAGCAGUACUUCAAAGUUGUGAAUUCUCACCCGUUACCUCAUAAGACUUUUGAGGAGAAGGCUGAGCAUUUACAGGAGCUGUUCAGCAAGAUUCCUUUCAACCAGGCCCUGGUCUUCUCGAAUCUACAUAGCCGGUAUUUUAUGUUUUUUAAAAAAUCUAGAUUAGCUAAAAUAACAAUGAAUUAUUUGGGGUUUUAUAGCAAUGCUCCUGUUUCUGUAAGUGAAAGCCAAUGCACAUUAAAGUUGGUAAAGCUAGUGAGUUUCUAGGGCUGUAAGAUUGGUCAUCUAUUGUUUAGUAUGUCAUGCAGUAUUGAAUUAAAUUAAAACAGUAGGAUUUAUUUCUAAAAAUCUCAUGCCUUUAAAACACACACCAUAUUUUUAUGACUUAAAGACUAAGAGUUCAUCAUAUAUACAGCGGAUGAAGUAAUCCAGGGGAAAUGAUUCCAGAUUAAAUCAAUUGUGCUUGCAUCUUACUAUGCCAGGAACAAUAUGCUGCUAAGUUUAGCUGUUUGUUAAAUAUUUGCUAUACACUCCUGUCAGACAGUUUUGAGGAGCUGGCAAGUGGGGCAGUCAUGAAGUGUUAUGCUAUAAAUACAUUUACUGUAUUUUCUUUUUCACUGUUUCAGGGCUCAACACCUAGCAGAUUUACUGACUUCCAAAGGUUUUCCUGCUGAGUGCAUUUCAGGCAAGUUUGCAGGCCUAUUGAUAAUUUUUUCUUAUAUUAAUUUCAGCAAUGUUGUAUGUGGAAUUUGUUGUUUUCAUGCACAUGUGUAAGUAAGUAUGUUAUUUUAAGUUGCAAUUGUAUAAAUAUUAAUUUAGGAGUAAGGCCCAUUUGAGCUUGGUAGGAAUUACUAUGUAUGUACAAUAGAUAGAUUAGAGAAAAGUGUCUGUGGAGGAGACACUACCCUAAUGAUUCUGCUAGUACUUUUGUUGUCUGGUCUUCAUUUCUCCAUUUGUUCGUCUUUCUCUAGGCAGUAUGAAUCAGAACCAACGACUUGAUGCUAUGGCCAAACUCAAGCAGUUUCAUUGCAGAGUCUUGAUUUCAACUGAUUUGGUGAGGUUCCCCCACUCCACCCUGAUGUCGAAUUUUUAAAAAGUGUAAAGGUUUAUAGAUGUACUUCAUAUAGAUCUGACUUUAAGGAAGUAGAAACUCCAACCAAGCUAGUGCGCUCAUGUCUCUGGGAAAUGUGCUAGUACAUACAAAUGCAAUAGUAUUUGAAACCGUACAUUCUUUACACUAAAAUAUGUUGUAAAUCAAUCUUGAGAAGAGGAAAAUACUAACCACUAUUUGAUGAAGAUAUUUUCCCCAUGCUCUUGUCUUUCCAAAGUUUAGUCUACUUCCAGCAUAUUUCUAUUAAGGUUUGUAUAGACAGUUGUGAGCAAAAAUGAAAGCAUAGUAUUUUCAGAGUAGUCUCAUUGAGGAAGACCCAGAGAAGCGUCAUUUAGAUGGCCUUGAAAUUAGAAUGGUUUAAAUUGCAAAAUUACAUUAAUGCAUCCUAGGAAGCCUUGAAUGCUCCUGAUCUUCUGUGGAUUGUGCCCACUUACUGUAAUGAAACUAUGCUGAAGCAAUUGUUUUUGAGCAACACACCCAGCAGCAUUUAGAAGAUAACUGAAGGCAGCCCUGUUUAGGGAAGCUUUUAAUAUUUGAUGGGUUACUGUAUUUUAAUAUUUUGUUAGAAGCCGCCCAGAGUGGCUGGGGAAGUCCAGCUAGAUGGGCGGGGUAUAAAUAAUAAAUAAAUAAAUAAAAGUAGUCCUUCGGAACUAGAGCAAAUGGCUUGUUUUGUGUCUUAAUGUGUGUAAAUUGAUUGGGAGGCUGCGGUAUUUUAUUCAUGGUACCAUGGAACAACUGAAGAAGUCUAAAUGUUGUGUUUGGCUUGUUUCCUCCUUACUACCACCUUUAACUUCACCCAUCCUUCCUCUCAGACUUCCCGUGGAAUUGAUGCUGAGAAGGUGAAUCUAGUCAUCAACUUGGAUGUGCCUUUGGAUUGGGAAACAUACAUGCAUCGGAUUGGCAGAGCUGGGCGCUUUGGUAAAUACUGCUUUGAGUUUGCUAUGCAGUGACAGGUGCUGGAUCUACAACUCUUUCCAACUGAUUUAUCUCUCUGCUUUGUCACAGGAACUUUAGGGCUAGCAGUGACAUAUUGCUGCCGUGGGGAAGAAGAAAACAUGAUGAUGAAAAUUGCACAGAAAUGUAACCUUCGGUUGCUUCCUUUACCAGGUACAAGUGUUUCUGGUGUAUGUGGGACCAUGGUGCAUUAAUUUGAGCAUGUCUUUAUGCGGGGAAGAUGGGGACAGGAAAACUGGCCCUCCAGAAGUACAGUUCCCAUCACACCUGGUCAUUCACUGCUUGCUGUUGAAUAACAGUGGGUGAGCCACAAGUUCUCUGUCCCUGUCCUUCUGAAUGGUGCUAUAGUAAAUGUUUCAGAGUUGAUGCAGGUGGUUAAGCUGCAGUCUUGUACUUGCUUACCUGGGAGUAACUCCCAUUAAAUUAAGGGGGGUUUCUUUUUAUACUAUGUAUAGGUUUGUACCAUAGGCACAUUCUGAAUCUUAAAUAUUUAGUUAAUUGUUUCCUGAGUGGAAAUACUGAAUUAUUUCAGAAAAGUAAUGUACCAGAGUUUUUAGUUGUUAAAUCAUUUAAAGUCACAGAAUCAUGGAAUUGUAGAGUUGGAAGGGACCACAAGGGUCAUCUUUUUGCCCAACAUGGAGCUCAAAUCCAUAACCCUGAGGUUAAGAGUCUCGUGCUUUACCACCUGAGCUAUCCAGUAAAGCUAGAUUCAUUGACAAUAUAAUUAAUAGCCCAGUAAUUAAGACACUAAAUAAAUAAUGCAUUUGGUCAAAUAAGGGAGCUGCUUAGUAUGACAACCUUGUGACCUUCAACAGUAUAAAAACCGAGAAGCUCUAAAGAGGACAGGAAACAAUAUUUCCAAACAAGAUGAACAUAGAUUUAGGAAGAUGUUCCUUUCUGGCAGAGCAGUUCAGCAAGAGAGGUUGUGAAACCUUAACUUUUGGAAGCUGUCAAAAUAAGAAAUUUGACUGUUUUAGAUGGACUUACCCAGUCAUUGGCUUAUGGGAUCAUUAUUCUUUAGCUCUGACUAUUUUACGGCAUUAUGUAACAUCUUUUGGCUUAUAGCAAUACUUUUGUAUGUACUGAUCUUUCUUUUAUUUUUAAACUACAAACUGUCUAGUAAAAACACCUGGCACAUGCUUUUAAUCAAAUGCUUGCAUUCAAAACAUGUUUUAUGAUGGUGUCACUUAGAUAUAUUUGUGAUUAGGAGAAUUUCUUUGAAAAGAGAUACUGUAUGUUGCUCUUGACUAAUAACAUUUUUCUCUUGUGAAGAACCUAUACCUCCUGGGCUCAUGGAACAGUUUGAAGGCUGGGAUGUCGAAGUCACUGCUGUCCCAUAUCCCAAUGCUUCACUGCAUGCAUCUCUGCUGCCAGCUAAGAGACCGGAGGCGACCAUGCAGCACACAACAGCAAGCACCAGUGCUCCUGUUGUUUGUGAAAAUUCUGUUGCAGCCAAGCCAAAACAAGCCCUCAAACAGAAGCAAUUACUUAAAACAAGAAUGGAGGAUACAAAACCAAAAAUAUCCAGGAAGCAACAGUCUUCCCAUAGUAUCACUCAGCAGAAGCGCCAAAUAGAGCCUUGUCUUCAGACUUCUGGAAAGCAUAACGAGGAGAUGGACAGGGAAACAUUAAAAAGCAUGCUUCCCAAGAUCCCUUGCUUAUCAUCGUUUAAGGACCAGCAGUCCACCAGCACAUGGAGCAUGGCGGAGUUCAUUGAGGAUUAUGAAUACUUCAUUAAAGAAGGCUCAGAGAGAGAAGUGGAAAUAGUAAGAAGCUAUACAGGCCCAGGAGAGCAGCAUCAACACCCAGAAAGUGAUACUAAUAGAAUUUAUACCGAAACAGAAUCCAGCUUGCAUGCUGCAAAAGCUCAUGUAUUGACAGGAGACUCUGAUAGCGAUAGUAGCUCUUACAGUUCUGGGUCAUCCACCUCUAGCUGGGAGGACCAGUCAUAUAGUAAAGCAUCUUCAGAUACACAACAAAGAGACAAUGGUGCGCUGACAUCAGAUCAGAAAUGUGUUUCGCAGUUCAGUGGUGUCCCUGAACCACCACAGUUCCAAAAGAGUCCUCAGCUACAGAAGAUAAAGGAACAGAAUGUAAAACAGAGCAAUCAAAGCCGCUUCUGUUGUACCACCAAACCUUCCAAGAGCAAGAAUUUAAAAAGUGUAUCUGAAGUCAAACCUACUCCUUUCCCUGAGGGUGAAGAUCGGAGUUAUGAGGAAUACUGGCGAGCAUAUUACCGGGCUUGGCGGGACCAUUAUGCAGAAGCUUCUCGUUCAUACUACCAAAUGUAUCAGCGACCAUCAAACUUACUAACUGCUUAUCAUGCCAAUGCAAUCUAUUUUGAAGAGUUGUUGCGCGGUAACAGAUAAUGGGAAUUCCUGCCACCCAAAACCUACUAGUGGAAUCUUAAAUCACCUUUCUGUUUCUGUUUACACUCACAUAUUUUCUUUAUUCCAUGUAUAUACUGUUUUGUAUACUUUCCAGAAGGUGAAAUGCUGCAAUAGUAUUGCUAAUAAAUAGUAUGAAAAUAG